AAAGAAAAUGGCAAGACGCUAACAAUAAUUACCCGGUUUUAAUUAAAGCAAUGGAAAUCGCCGCCAUGGUUGUUCUGUCAACCUUCCUCCUGUCGUUCCCCUCUUAAUCCCACCGUUCGUCGUUCACUUUCUAUUCCUUCCUCCGGGUGGGCAUCAAUUCCUCGUGCGACGUGAUCGCACAUCCAAUCCUUAUUUCGGAUAUUGUCACUCUUUUAUAUUGGGCUGUUGGUUAGGGAGAACCGAUUGUUCGUCACAUUACCGACCCCCCCCCCUUUCCCUCCUUAUCUGAGCCGAAACAACUCAUCGACUUGAAUCCGGGGUUUAGCUUUUGCGUGUUCCACUCUGUUUUAUAUAUCAUCCACCACCAUCACUUCGAGGAACGGGAGGGGUUUCCGAGUCUAAUUGUACCUUUCCACCAUGUCGCUCUUCAAUGUACUGGCCUUGUUGAUGGCCUUCGUCUGCUCGGUGACCGCUCAGACAUGGACCGACUGUAACCCUCUCAACACAACCUGUCCCCCAGCGCCCGCUCUGGGUACCAAUCACUCUUGGGUCUUCAAUGAGACAAUGGAUGACAAGAUUUGGUCGGUUACGAACGGCCAGAUUGACUGGAAAGACUCCGGCGCGGAAUUUUCCAUCAAAAAGAAAUUAGACUCCCCGACGCUGCAGUCGACAUUCUUUAUCUUCUUCGGUAUCGUCGAGUCCCACGUCAAGAUGGCGAAGGGCGGCGGUAUUGUCAGCAGUGUGGUGCUUCAGUCGGCCGAUCUAGACGAGAUCGACUGGGAGUGGGUCGGCUACAAUACCUCUGAGGUCCAAUCUAACUACUUCGGUAAAGGGAACGACACCUCGUUCAGCCGUGGUGGCUUCCACUAUGUGGAGAACGCUGAUACAGAAUUCCACAACUACACCACCUACUGGACUCAGGAGAAGCUCGAGUGGUGGAUCGACGGCAAUCUGGUCCGCACGCUGAAGCCCGAAGAUGCCCUGGACGGCAAGAACUACCCACAAACACCUAGCAACAUUCGUUUCGGUAUCUGGCCUGCCGGUGAUCCAAAGAACGCGCAGGGAACGAUUGAAUGGGCUGGCGGUGAGGUCGAUUAUGACGCCGGCCCCUACACCAUGGUUGUUAAGAACGUGCGCGUGCAUGACUUCCACUCUGGAAAAGAGUACAAUUACACAGACCACUCUGGUUCCUGGGAAAGCAUUAAGGUUGUCGAGGGUAAUUCUACCACUGUGGACGAACUGAACAAAGAGCCAGAGAAGUCUCUGGCGGAGAAGUGGGCAGACCUACCAACUGCGGCUCACGUUGGUGUUUACUGCGGUGCCGCAGUUGCCGGAGUUCUUCUUAUUGCCGGUGCAGCAAUUUACUUCAUCAGGCAGCGCAAGAAGGGACGUCUCGAAUACGCCCUUGACGACGCCAAGUGGAACACUGAACGAAAUGACAUGAACAAUCUGCAAACCACGUGGAAAGCAAGCGAAUGGGGAAACAAAGGUUACCAACCAGUGAACUAGCCAAAAUUUCGUCAGAGAUACCUAGGGAUACGACAACGCUAUCCCUGCGUUGAUGAUGA